AUGGCGGCGUCCCGAGCGGUGACCCGGCUGCUGCCCCGGGCGGGGGGGAGACCCCGGGCCUGGUACCAGCAGCCCCUGAGGCCGGGGGGCCUGGGCAGAGGCAGCAUCCUGGGGCCAGCCGGACGGUGGAGCCAGCAGGAGGCGCUGGGGCUGCUGGAGGCAGCGGUUGUGUAUCGGGCAGGGCCACUGGUGGCCGUCAGCAAGCCCCCGGGCCUGGCUGUGACAGGCAGUCCAGGGCAGCUGAGUUUGGUUUCACUGCUCCCAGAUCUGAGCCAGAGGCUGAGUCUCCCUCCUGAACUCCACGUGGUCAAAGCAGCUGGGAAAGAUGGCUCUGGCCUUGUGCUUCUCUCCGGCUGCCCUGGCACCACGCAGCAGCUCCAUGCAUUCUUCACGCAGCUCCGGAGAGCAGGGCGCCCCCCUGCCACUUACCGCGCUGUCACUGCCGGGGUCCCAGCUGCCGCAGAGGGGGAGAUCCACACAGGACUGAAGUUGGAGCAGGUUGGGGACCUGCAGCUGGUGGUGCCGGUAGCUGCCCCGUCCCGACGCAGUGUGGAGAGGAAGGAGGUGAAGCAAACCCUGACCCGCUACAAGGUGCUGGGCACGGCUCCGGGCUGUGGCCUGGUGCAGCUCCAGCCCAUGACAGCCUUUCCUGGCCAGCUCCUGGUGCACCUGACGCUGCUGCUGUGUCCUGCGCUGGGUGACCACGUGUACUCUGCCCGUGUGGGCACAGUCCUGGGGGAGCCCUUCCUGCUGCCUGUGGGGAGUGCUCUGCCACGCACACAGGUCCUGGGUGAGCAGCUGCUCCGCAGGCUGCGCCUCACUCAGCAGCUGCUGCAUCGCCUGCCACUGCAUCUCCACCUGCACCAACUGCUCCUCCCGACAGCUGUUCUCACUGCGCCACCUCCGCCCUUCUUCCUCCAGACGCUCCAUCUGCUGGGACUCCCUGGGGGCCAGAGUGCGUCGUGACCGGGUGCCCCCUGGGGUGGCUCUGCUCAGCUGCCCCAGCUGGACCCACCCUGACCCAGAAGGCCACUGAAGCAAGAGGCAGGCCCAGCUCUGUGGCAGAGAGGCCAUUUCCCAAGCAGGAAAGGAGCAGAACUCACCCCUGGGGCUGCUGCUAGCAGAGCUCUAGGUUUGGGUCUCUGCAUCCCGCUGAUGGGACUCUCCGCAGGGAUGGUCUCCGGGCAGGCUGGAUAGCCGUGAACAUGCAGGCUGGUGGCACUGCUGGAGUGCUGCUCCAGACUCCUCCCCCUCGGUGUGGGGGCGGGCAGGACAGCCCCCUGGUGCCCCACCUAGUGUCUGCACUGUGCUCCAUGCCACCAGCAGCCUGGUUCUUGGGUUUAGCCACUCUGAUCUUUACGUAGCCCAAACAGUGGCGCUCCCACGAGCUGAUCCUUCUGCCUCUUGGGACCUUUUCUGCUCUUCCCCAGGCCCCCUACCCCCCCCAUUUCUCAGCCAUGCCAAACUGUUGGUUUGGGGUCUUGUCUCAUGGCCCCCUCUGGCUCUGUCAGCUGCACCUCUGCAAGGGCCUUUGGCCUUCCUGCCCCAUCCCGUGUCCCCGUGUCUCCUUGCUGAUGCUGUCUGUGUCAGGGGUGUUCAGUAGUGCGUUAGGGAGCGGGUCGGGUGCUCUCCCAGUGGCUGGGAUCAGCAGGCCCUCACUGCUGCUCCUAUCUGCAGUGUCAUACCAAAGCAGUGUGUUCCCUGGUGCUAGUGGGGCUGGGGUUACAGGCAGCUGGCUGGGCAGAGGAGGGUUGCCACCACCUGGCAGGGGUGCUCCCUGCAGGUAGCCUGGGGGG